AUGUCCAAACGGCGGGUCACAUACUACUAUGACCCCGACGUUGGGUCAUACACCUACGGCUUUAGCCACAUGAUGAAGCCUCAGCGCAUGCGACUUACGCACGAACUGGUUUCCGCAUACAACAUGCUCGACAAGAUGCACGUCCUGAGAGCGAAUCGCGCCUCGGCCGAAACAAUGACCCGCUUCCACACCGAUGAAUACGUCCAGUUUCUGUCGAGAGUCACACCAGAGACGCAGGAGGAGCUCACGUUCAACGGCUCGCGCUAUCUCGUCCUAGGCGACGACAAUCCCGCGUUCGAAGGUGUGUACGAGUUCUGCAGCAUAUCCGCAGGAGGUUCCAUCGCUGCUGCUCAACGCCUAUCCUGCGGCGCCGCCGAUAUUACGAUCAACUGGGCAGGCGGGCUGCACCAUGCGAAAAAGCGCGAAGCAUCCGGGUUCUGCUACAUCAACGACAUUGUACUAUGCAUAUUGGAGCUGUUGCGUAGCUUCCCGCGCGUGCUGUACAUCGACAUCGACUGCCACCACGGCGACGGCGUUGAGGAAGCGUUCCUCACCACCGACCGCGUCAUGACGUGCUCGUUCCACAAGUUUGGCGAGUACUUCCCCGGAACGGGCAGCCUGGAGGACCGCGGGCGCGGGAAAGGGCGGGGGUACGCAGUGAACGUACCCCUCAAGGACGGCAUCACUGACGAGUCGUUCAAGAGCGUGUUCGAGCCGGUGAUCGAAAAGAUCCUUGAGGUGUUCCAGCCGUCUGCUAUCGUCCUACAAUGUGGCGCGGACUCGCUGGCCGGCGACCGGCUCGGUUGCUUUAACAUCACCAUGAAGGGGCAUGCAAAUUGCCUACAGUACGUCCGUGCCUGUAACAUCCCUCUAGUUCUCCUUGGUGGUGGUGGGUAUACGGUCAAGAAUGUCGCGCGCGCAUGGACGUAUGAGACAGCGUGCGCGUUGGGCAUUGAGAACGAAAUCGAUCCGAACUUGCCGUGGAACGAGUACUUCGAGUGGUUCGGGCCGCGUUAUCGCCUGGAGGUGGUUGCAAACAACAUGGACGACGUGAACAUCCGAGACGGCUCGCUAGAAAAGGUCCGGGAAACAGUAUUAAAAAAUCUCUCCGAGCUACAGCCCGCACCCUCUGUCGGGAUGCAUGACGUGCCCGACGAGAGCCUCGGCCAACACCUUGGCUUCAGCAAAGACGAUGACGACGGGCAGAUGGAUGAGCUCGAUGAGCGAUUAGCACAACACACACGCUUUGUGUACAACCUCCAAGAAUCGCUCGCGACCGAAGACGAGUCGGACGACGAUGCGUCGCUCUCGGACGACUCGUACUCCAGCCGGCGUCGCGACUCGCGCGUUUCUCGGCGGCGCACGCGUGCGGGCGGGCGCAAGCGCAUGAGCAUCGUCACGAACCACUACCAUGACGUGCCUCGCGCGGACGACGCGCUGCUCGACCUGUGCAAUCUCCCCCCGCACAUUGACGAACACCAUAACGGGAAACGCGCGUCCGCGGCCGCGGCGUCCAGACGUCGCUUCUUCCAAAGUGCAGCGCGCUGGGACUCGCGGCUGGAGCGCGUGUUCGUGGACCGUGUGGAGUUGGCGCCGCCGGGGCUGAGUGUCGGGGAUGUGAUGUUGAUGGGCGGGCGGCGUGAUAGGGAAUCGGAGGGUCCGGAGGAGGAGGUGGAGAUGGAUGAUGAUGAGAUGGAGGAAGGAUGA